AUGAAAGGCCUUAAAGAAAGCACACAGACCAAUAGCCGUGCCGUUUUGACGGAUACGGGUAUUUUAAUCAAAGACCAACAGCCAUAUUCUUCGAUAGAAGAAGCUGCCAACCCGUUUGAGGACGAAGAGAGUCAGGAACGCAGUAGCGGGAUGUUCGAGACUGCGUCUUUGAUUAGUUGUGUGACUUGUCUUAGCGAGGCUGAUUCAAGUCGUGCGGAAGUUGGAAACUCACUCAUGGUACCGGCAAACUCAGUGUUACCUUAUGGUAACAUCUUGUACGCGCGCGAGAUAAACACGAAUUUGCGAGAUUCCAUCUCUGAUGACACUUUACAAGGUAUGUCAUAUGAUUCCGCCAGAUCCAAAGUGGUCGAACUCACAUUUGCCAAACCCAGAAGACACGAUUUGAUCCCCAAAAAACUCAUACUAUCAGUGGCAAGUCUACCGUCGUGCUCGGAUAUCGUACAAGAGAUUAUGAAGCGAAGCUACAAAGGAACCAAAGUCGGGAAAGCAAUACUGGUGAUUGUGAACCCACAUGGCGGGAAAGGCAGGGCCAGCAAACUCUACGUUUCCAAAAUUAAGCCCAUUUUACUUGCAGGUGGAUGUGCUGUGGAAAUAGUCGAGACCACGUACCGACAACAUGCCGUGGACAUUGCUAUGAAUAUCGAUGUGGACAAAUACGAUAUAGUAGCAUGUGCCUCCGGUGAUGGUAUUCCACAUGAAGUAUUAAAUGGACUUUUCAAGCGCGAAGACCGCGUCAAGGCUUUCAACAAACUUACAGUGACACAAUUGCCAUGCGGGUCUGGUAAUGCAAUGAGUGUUUCCUGUCACGGCACUACGAACCCCUCGCAGGCAGCUUUGAGUUUGAUAAAAUCCGCCGAAAUUCGGAUCGAUCUCAUGUGCUGUACGCAACCGUCGUAUGCACAACAACCUCGCGUGUCAUUUUUGAGUCAAACUUACGGCGUCAUUGCAGAGUCCGAUAUCAACACCGAGUUCAUGCGCUGGAUAGGUCCUGCACGAUUCGAACUGGGUGUCGCGCUUAACGUGUUGCAACGCAAGAGGUAUCCGUGCGACAUCUACGUAAAAUACGCGGCCAAAUCUAAAAACGAACUAAGAAAUCAUUAUGUGAUGCACAAGGAAAGGAUAAGAAACAGUGCAAUGGAUUUAGAUUCAGAUUCGAACGACGAUGAUGUAGUCAAAACGCAAGAUUUUGAACUGAAAUAUGAUCUUAACGAAGAAAUUCCAAGUGAUUGGGAAAAAUUAGACCCUGAACUCACCAAUAACUUGGGCAUAUUCUACACGGGGAAGAUGCCGUACAUUGCAGCAGACACCAAGUUCUUUCCGGCGGCAUUACCGCAAGAUGGCACCUUCGAUAUGGUGAUAACCGAUUCUAGAACUCCCAUUACAAGAAUGGCACCGAUUUUGCUGUCUUUGGAUAAAGGAUCCCACGUAUUACAACCAGAAGUGUUACAUUCCAAGAUCCUGGCCUACAGAUUGAUCCCGCGGAUAAAACACAGCGUCAUCUCGGUAGAUGGUGAAAGUUUUCCAUUGGAGCCUAUCCAGGUCGAACUACUCCCACGGAUGUGCAAGACACUAUCCUUCAACGGCUCUUACGUCGAGACCGAAUUCGAAAACAUGUAG